CCGGCUACUAAUGUUUAAAACUAGCUUGCAAUUUAGGGUCUCCACUAUAAAUCACGUUAAAAUUCAAACAAACCACUGUAUUAGCAACAGUUGACCACUGCAUCCCAUUAUUUAUAGGGGAGUCUCGACACAGAUUGAGGCCAGCUAAUAUAUCGUGGAAAAAGAAGGACCACUGUGAAACCAUUUCGUCCUAGUACAGAAAUUAUGGGCAGUGUAUAACCACAAGUCGUUAAACACUUAUUAGUCAAAAGAUCAAUCACUGCCUGAGUAACCUAAAGGUCCUAGAGUGUGAUCUAUGCUGGGGUCAUCGAUGUUCACUGUUGAUGAGACUCAUACUAAAAAAUAGAGGUAAUGUCAUAAGCGGAAACUCAGGUACGAAAUUGCAGAGUAUUUUCUUGAAAUAAGAAAAACAUACACUAAAUAAUUUAUUUGCCCAUCUUCCAUCGUUGUCUUCUAAAUUCUUCAUGAUUCUGCAAAUUCUAUUUUUACUCCAAUUCCUUUCUGUUCCCCUUUCGAUUCUAUUCAAUUCAAUCUUCUCCAUCCUCUUUUAACAAGCAUUCCAUUGCUGACCGGUGUUACAUACUACUUAUGUCUGUUAAUAUUAGUAGCAUACUUCACAAUAUCAUAGAUAAUGUUAAUCUGUGACGAUAACUGUCUACAUUUUCAACUAAUUUUUACAGACUAUUUCAUCAAACUAUUUAUAUAUUUAUUUAUCUACUAUUCUAGCAUACGGAUUUACAUUGUCCGAAUCCUUGUGCUAAACCAAAUGUCUGUCAUGAUGAUAUGAACAGUAACGGUUUGUGUAUGAUAAUAUCAAAUGAUGAACUUUUGAAUAAUAUACCAUCAAAUAUACGAAACAAAUUGGGAUCAAUCUAUACUUAUGAUUAUGAAUGUGUAUGUGUAGAUGAUUACACUUUUAACCAUACAUUAAAGAAGUGUGUACCAAUCAGAAAACAUUGUGAUUCUUCUAUUUGUCUAAAUAAUGGAGAAUGUGAAUAUCUACCAGAAGAAGAACGAAUUAUUCCUAAUAUUGAAUUUAUUUGUAAAUGUCCACCUGCAUGGAAAGGAUUAUCAUGUGAAGAACCAAGAAAUCCUUGUUUAGAAACACAUGGACUAUGUGGACAAUAUUCUUGUUAUCGUGAUCCAACUAAUUCAAAACUUGGUUAUCGAUGUCAAUGUCCAAUUGGAUUUAAAGCGAUCAGUACAACUAAUCCACAAUGUGUUAAUAUAAAUGAAUGUUUAGAAUAUACAAAUGAUGAUAUUUGUUUAAAUGGUGGAAUUUGUAUUGAUAAAGAACCGUAUUCAACUAUUGAACAUGGUGUAACAGAAGUAACCUAUGGAUUUCAGUGUAUAUGUCAAAAUGGUUAUUCUGGACAACGUUGUGAACAUAGGCCACCGCCAUUGGAAUGGACUAUAUGGUCUGCAUGGACAGAUUGUUCAGUUAAAUGCGGUAUUGGUGUGCAUAAACGUUUUCGUAAUUGUUCCUUACCUAAUCGUUGUAUUGGAUCAUAUGUACAAGUCAGUAAAUGUCAGGGUCACAUAUUAUUUUGUGAAAAUGAAGGGAUUAAUGAAGUAAUUCAAUCAGGAUCAAAUAUCAUAAAAAGUGCUCAGCAUGACAUGCAGCAUGUGAAUUUGUUAGAACUCUGGGUAUUUUUCAGCGAUUCGAUGUCAUCCUAAUUAAUUAUCAAAAUGGGUGUAUAAAUCAAUGUAUCAAUGAAUGUCAUUUUGACUAAGGUUAUCGUCGUGUUUUGGUGUUAAUAAAUCUUCAUAUGUACCAGUCUGGGUGUUCGUGCUUCAUGUCGUGGGGAAAUGCAGUGGUUUCUUGUUUUAGAAGCAUAAGAAAUCAGCGAUUCCAACAUAACAAUUAGCAACAACCAGUCAUAACAAUUGGUGGUGCAGAUAUAACAGUUAGCAGUUUAUGCACUUCUGAAUAUUUAUCAUAUAUAUAUCAUUUUGCACCUCAAUUAUAGAUAAGAUUAUCACGAGUAGUUAGUAUGGCAGCUCAAGUUCCUGUAUUGUCCAGUAGAAUAUAUUCAUCUAUUGUAGGAUUAUAGCUCAUUUGGCGUUGCUAAACAUUUCAUACUGAAUGAAUAGAAUUCAACCAGUUUCUGUCCAACUAUUAGCCUAAAUGAUUCAGUUUUGUGAGACACUGUAUAUCACGAUUCCUAAGUUCAUAGCAUCCCUAACAAUUUCUUUGUAUUAACUUUUUUACCAUAUUCAUUAUACACAAUCAAUAGCUGAGAGAAAUCCCUACGUUGAGAACCUUUGAUCAAGAUUUUGGAAAUGUCUAAAUAAGACGUCAUAGAUGUAUGCAUAUACUAUUAUUAUUUCGAUUCGCAUGUUACGUGACUAUACGAGUAAAACACUACGCUACAGUCCACCCGUCAUCUGAUGGUGUUAAUGUCGCAAGACAAACUGGAGUAAUACACAUUUAUGCCGCAAUCUACGUUGAUUGUGACUGACUGACCACAGUUUCCUCAAUACUAACAUGACUGAGAUAAAUUCUUGUGAUUUAAUUAAGCGAUUUAUUUGCAGGCAUCUCUGUGUUAUUUACAGCAUUAAUAAUACUCGAUUUCACUGAAAUGAUGAACUGAUCAAUGUUAAUUCACCAAUGAAUAGUGGUAAAACUCAAUAACCUCCAAGACCUUGUACGUACAGUACUGAUAAAAUUGGCUUCGUUAAAUACGAUUUUUUCUAUUACACCCAAUCUCCUUAUUUUUGGGAAAUUUUGGGGAGGCCCCCAUAGAAACUUUUGGGAAAGUGGCGCAAAUACCUCAAAAUUUCCACAGAUCCUGGGAAAUUCCCCAAAAUUUUGGCGGCCAUUGGGGAAAACCCAAAAAUUUUCUCAAGAUAGGGAGAUUAAGCAAUAAAUAAUUUUCGGUAAAAAAUAUGGAGAUUUGAACAAAUUCUUGUUUCCUAAGCGCUUAAUAAGUGAAUAUUCUCAAAAUAUAUAAACACGUUUUUCAUCUGAUAUUAAUAACAGUGGUAAUUACCACUCAUUCAUUAUCACUCAUAAAUGAUUACAAACAGUCUAGCGCCGUAUAACACUUCAUUGAUAGUAAAGUUUAUUCGAAUUCUAUAUACUAUAUGAAUUCUAUAUUUAUCGCCUCCCAUUUCUUUUAUAGUUUCACAUUAAUUCUAUAUACAAUAGGUUGUAAACAUUCAAUUUGAUUGAAGAAGUUUCAUGUAUUUAUUAGGCAUAAUCAAUUAGCUAAAAUAAAUGUAAAUCAGGGUAACUUCUGGCAAUAAAUAAAAGUUUUGCUAAAAGUGUAGCGUAAAAAUGCAAUUCCGAAAGUGAUUACUGUUGUGACUUUAAGUCCAGCUAGUUAUCACGUAAUUUAUUCGCCAAUCGAAAUACGAUUUAUUCACUUUCGUACUGUAUUGAACCAAUUACCUUCGAGUGGUUUGAUCAGCCUAGCGUCCUUAUUGGUCCUUUGCUCGCCUAGUCCAUUCAGUUGAGUCCAGAACACCAACAAUAGCUUGUACUAUGAGAAACAUUUACUGCAGACGUUCCGGGUUUAUAUAUCAACCAAACAGACCGCAACGCAUCAUAAAAUAAGAAAUAACAUUCAUACACAAUAAAGCCAAAAUGUGGCUGUGAACGUGGGAGACUGUAAUCAGUAAACUAAACAUAAAUUAGAAACAGUAAAUCGUACAAUAAUAAUCUAUAGGUCAAAAUGGAGCUUAUAAUAAGGGGAAUAUAGAUAUAUACAGUCUAAUUACUGAAUAGUUAUACAAUAACAAUAUAUAGAUAAUAUUAGUCCAUUAAUAGGUCUCUGAAGUUAUUCGUUACUUAAUCUUCGUGUAGAUAUAACAAUUACAAUUCAAAUGACAUAUGAAAUACGAUUUUUAAAGAAAUGAUUACUGAUUACAUACUACUUAUAUUAAUCUACUUUAUUUCUUAGUGGUAUACAGAAUGGUAUCUUCAUGAAAAUUAUUCAUUCAAUGAUACAUAUUAUCACAGUAAUUUACAUAUGAAUCAAAAUACAUUUUAUUCAACACAUCUCCAUGUUUCCAAUAUGAUCGGUAUUGUGUUGGAAUGGAUUACAACUAUACAAUUAACUUAUCAAUGGACAAUAACAGAAUUAAUAGUAUUCUAUACAAUUAUAAUGAUGAUAUUAAUCUUACCAAUAUAUUUCAUGAUUAUUUGUUUAAUUAAAUUAAUUCAAUAUGUAUUACAUGAGAAUAGAAUGAGGUGUAAUUGUAGAAUUAUGUAAUCGAUUGUAAUUCUAUCGAAAAAGUUAAUCCUUAUUUAAUCACUUAUCAAAUUUAUGUAAAUCUUUGUUGUUGUUGUCUAGACAUUUAUUUGCGGAAAAUUGAAUAAAUCUAUGACAUAGAAGAGAAUACAGUUUCGUUGUUCUCUUUCUGUGAAAUAAAGUUGAUCGGCGAGACUCUAAUUUAUGGACGACAUUUGAAUGAAUCUUAAGUGACCUUGAGAAAUAUGAACCAAUCAGCAAACAGUCAGUAUAGAGUAAAAAGAUGUUAUUCAAAACCAAGGAAAUAAAGUGGAUACACUUCUUAUACGUGGUUCAAAAACUUGUCAAGGUUCGAAAGAGGUUCAGAGAUUCUAAAAUUGUAAUGCAUGCAGUAGAGGAAAUCAUCCAUACGGCAACAGAAUAGUCCGCCUCUGGGGCCAUGAUAAAGUCUCAAAAACUCUUUCAGCCUCAACCACAUAGCUCCAAUAUUGUUUAUGUGCACUCCAGGUUUUGAGGACAUAAAAUACUACUUGUGGAUAACGACAUGAUACACAUAACCAAGCUUAUGUGGGAGUCUAAACGCUCUCCAAUCAUCCGUAUAUAUUGUAGUACCUGAUUGCAGACAGUGUUACUGGUUCUUUUAUCAUCCAGUUCGCAAUAACUGUCGUAAUUUGUCUUAGUUAGGAAUUAGAUUUACGGUUUUCAUCACGAAUUGACACAAGCUAUAAUGCCAGAAAUUUAUUUAGUCAAAUGGAUGAAAGGCUUUCACGCCAAAAUCCAAGAUUUCUCAUCUUAUACCUGAUUGGUUCGUACACAAAUUAUAUUCUUGCCGUUUUAUUUGUUAUAGUCGCUCAAUUAACACGUUUUGCACAAAAUGUCUUGUGAACCCAUUGUACGUUAGCACUGAGCCCUGAAGUUGGCGCCAUAACCUUGAAAUCUCUAUUACGCUUCUGAUUGACUUGUCCAUAGAUUAGUGUCUCGUCCAACUUACUAUUAUUCGUAAAACUCAGUAAUUACAUAUGAUGUAUAUUGAAACCGGUGACGUAAUACUUCGCCCAAGUAAUCCGCUCAGUGUGCACAUAUAAAAACAGAAACGGAUCAGUAAUAAUCCUUAUUAUAUAAAUAACAAAAAAUUGUAAACGCUUAUUAAUACCUUCAUGCUCAUCUGAUAGUUUAGUGGUUAUCUUCUGAGCCCGUAAUUUGAUUCCAUUAAGAAGGAACAGUAAAUGAGCAGUGUACAUAAAUUCCCCUUUUGAUUCAUUAUUUUAUACUGGGGCCAACCCCGUUUUUAAAACUCGUCAGUCUUCCGUUCGUGUUGUUAUUCGUAUUGCUUAUGUUUUUCUAUCUCUUCUACUCGUUUUUUUCCUCGGUUAGUAAUAGCCCUACAUUCAUUUGGUGAUACAUAUUACUUAUAUCUGUCUGUAUAACUAGCGCACAACACGCAUUUACAAGUAAGACUAUUCAAACUAGGCGACACAGUGAAGGUUAUUUUUAAAAAUAUAUAGUACGAAAACUUAUAACUAAAUUAUGGUGAUGAUAAGAUCGUAUUUAAGUUAUUCACAAACUGCUCUUCAAGAGAGGAUAUGUUUGCUCGAACUUAUAGACUGGCUGUCAUAAUUUUAAUUCUCAUAUUUCAUACCUUCACCACUCAAAAUAUCUGUAAAGAACAGCUGCUACGCUUGUUUGUGAUGGGUCAAAGAUUGAGGGAACUUGGGAUACUAAAACUACUCAGCUGAUAAUUAUCUAAACACUAACAGUGACAAUUGUAUAUGGAACAACCGUAACGGCUGUAUAGUAUGCUAUAACAUCGUAACAUCAAUGCUUAGCUUAAGAAAGCCAAAUGUAUCUUUUUAAACCAGUUCAUCAUAUCCUUGUAACCUUAACAUUUUGACAGUCUUGAU